CUCCAUUCUUGCCAUCACCCCUUCCCCGACUUUUUACGGCACUCACCCGAGUUUAGACCACGAAGCAGCCGCACAAGCAGGAAUUCGUUCAGCCGCUCCCAUUGCGAUCGUAGUACUCACCGGACAUGAAUGCGCAAUCAUCCUAGGAAACAAGGACCAAUAGGUAUAGGAGCGAUAGAGGUAGGGGAAAUCUACACAAGCUAACGUUGAGGCAUCGUCCCGCCAGCACUGCCGCGCGCCAACAACCCGCCUGCACCGCUCCGUGCACGCCAGCUGCUCUUGAUUGCAUCUCCCAUCUCGUCUCUCGUCGGCCUCUGCUCGUUCUCGCCGCCAUGCACGCCUUUCAACCCGCUGUCUCGCGAGCGGCAGCCGCGCCGGUAAACCCGCUGUCCGCAGAGUGGGCCGCGGCUCGACUCAGACAACAAGCUCGCCAAAUACAUACGCCUCGCCCAUACGCGCAACCGCCUCUCCGCGCAACACCAUGCCGAGCGCCGGUCGCGCGGAAGAGCGAUUCGUCAGCGCGCGUCGCGGCGAAGAAAGCUGAAGGGGCCACCAAGGAGGCGACGAGGCGCCGCGAGUUCUCAUUGGCUCUCGGCGGGCGCGACACUGUUCACCACCAGCACCUUAACUGGGCGCCUCGCGUGUACCACCACGUGGACCUGGACCUCAGCGACUCGGAGAAGAAGGGCGCGAAGAAGACCGGCGGGAAAAAGGAGAGCGUCAGGAGGAGAGAGGUGAAUGGAGCCGCGAUGGCCGGUGUGGUGAGCGGCGAUAAGGCUAAGUGGAGCUCGAAGAUUGACGGCGGGAGGGAAGGAGGGAGCGCGAAUGCGGCGGAGAAGGGCCGCGUCGAGCGGCGAGGGCAUUACCCCGACGACUCGGCGUCGCACGCCAUGGCGGCCGCGAGGGACGGCGGGAGGAAGAAGAAGGACUACGACUAUGACGACGAGCUCGAGCGACUGCAGCUGGAGUUGGUGAAGCUGCAGGAGUGGAUCCGGCAGAAGGGGCUGCGCGUGGUGGUGCUGUUCGAGGGGCGCGACGCAGCGGGCAAGGGCGGGCUCAUCAAGGCCAUCUCGGGGCCGCUCAACCCGCGCGUCUGCAGCAUCAAGGCGCUCGGCACGCCCUCGGACCGCGAGCGCACGCAGUGGUACUUCCAGCGCUACAUCGCGCACCUGCCUUCUGCGGGCGAGAUGGUGCUGUUCGACCGCAGCUGGUACAACCGCGCGGGCGUGGAGCACGUCAUGGGCUUCUGCUCCGACGACGAGUACCGGGAAUUCCUGCGCUCGUGCCCCGAGUUCGAGCGCAUGCUGGUGCGGUCGGGGAUCAUCCUGGUGAAGUACUGGGUUUCGGUGAGCGCGGAGGAGCAGGAGCGGCGCUUCAAGGAGCGCCUGGCGCGCCCAGAGAAGCGGUGGAAGCUGAGCGCCAUGGACCUGGAGGCGCGCGCGCGGUGGGCCGACUACUCGUACGCCAAGGACGUCAUGUUCGGGUAUUGCGACAUCAAGCAGGCGCCCUGGACCGUCGUGCCGGCCGAUGAUAAGAAGCGGGCGCGGCUGAACGUGCUGGCGCACCUGCUGAGCCUGAUCCCCUAUGAGGACCUCACCGAGCCCGAGAGCAUGCCCCUGCCGCCCCUGCAGGAGGACUUCUACGUGCGCCCGCCCGUGUCGGACCAGACGUUCCUGCCGCAAAUAUACUGAGGGGAAGCAGCGCUGAGGGAGGAGUCAGGAGGGAGUCAGGAGCAGGGCUGACGUUUCAAAAAAAAGCACCCUGAGCUGUCGAAUGGGGAAAAAAAAUUACCCUGAGGGCCUUGUGUUGAAAUUUUGGCUUCCCUGAUUUCUCAGCGUUUUGGAACAUGUAACCCUGAAACCUCCAGGGUUGCCAGGCCACAAACAGGGUUGCAUUGCACUUGCUAAAAAUCGUUUAAAAGAGCGUUAGGAUUGUACAGCUAGUUACUAGCCAGAGUCUACCACUACGCCCGUCUACAAAUUCAAUUAAG